UCCUGUGCGCAGCGUGCAUAUCUAGAAGCGCCUCUCGCGAUGAGCUCCAUUCUGCUCACCAUAGGUAUAGUGCUGGUGCUACAUUCCAUGAAUGCAUCUAGUUUCCACUCCCAGAUCUCCAAGUGUCAACAAUUAAGAGAGAGAUGUCUGGUUGAAAAAAAUGGAUGUGGAAGUGUCUGGAAUUUACUUGAAGAAAAUUGUUACAUUUCAGGUAACAGCUGCACAGUGAAAGAAUCAACUAACUGUAAUAAAAGCAUCCAGUUCUUACUUGACCAGUUUCCAGAAUUUAAAGACUGCAUCUGCACAAAAGAUAAUUGCAGCAUCAAAAUGCUGUUUGGCACGCAAUGUUUUGCCAAUAAAGGGAAAUCAGUGCCUUCGUCAAACACUGAUGUUCAGUUAAAAUCCCCACAUCAGAAAAUAUUGCAAGACAUGGUGCGUGCAGGCAUACCUGGAAAUGACUGUUCUCUUGCAAAGGAAACCUGUCGAGGAGAUGAUGCCUGUUUCACGCAGUAUAAGAUAUUCCAGAGAGUAUGCCGAGCUGAGGUAGCCAAAUGUAGUCUCCAAAUGGUGGCGCAAGAAUGCUUCACCGCAUGGAAGGAGCUCACAAAAACCGUCAUGGGGAGCUGCACCUGCCGAUACCCAAUGCAGAAAAGAUGCACGAAAAUAUGGAAAAAUAUCUUUAACAACACAUGCUUGCAGCACAUGCAGGAAUAUCAAACCUCUGCCAUUAGUAAGAAAACCUAUUCAGGGGAAGGAACUCAAGGCCACAAUGCAGAUCAGAUGAAAAUAAAGUCACAGUGGAAAUUAUCAGCUCUUUCAAACUACGAAUACAAGCCUCAGCGAUCCUGCUUCGAAGUCAACGUGGAAUGUGUUGAUGAUGAAGUCUGCAACAGACAACUAGCGUUGUAUCUUCAGGUUUGCCGAGUGGAUGGAAAACAGUGUGAUGUGAACCACUGCCAAGCAGCACUGCAGUUCUUCUAUGAAAACAUGCCUUUUAACGUUGCCCAGAUGUUGACAUUUUGCGAUUGCAUGGAGUCGGAUGAAAAUUGCCACAAGGCAAAACGCAUCCUUCAUGGCAAACCAUGUGCAGUCAACAUGGUCCCACCGCCUUCAUGUCUCAAUGUAAUCCACACAUGCCAAGCAAAUGAUCUCUGCUGGGACAAAUAUGAGAUGUUUACAUCAAAGUGUUUAACACAAACCAGCCAGUCGUGCCUUGAAGAUAAAGCCUGCCUAGAAUCUUUGGAUACAAAUGAUCUUAUUUGCUCCGACAGUGCUGAAUGCAGAGCUGCGUAUAUAGGACUACGGGGCUCUCGCCUUCAGGUUGAGUGUACCUGUGACACCACCUCACUGGCUCAACAGCCUGUGUGCCAGAGGUUCCACCACAUACUCCACAGCAAUUCCUGCUUCAGUCAGAUAGGUGGAAAGGCUGAGCCUUACUCAGUGCAUAUACAUCUACCUGGGGAAAUACUUCCCGCAACUGGCGAGCAGUCUUUUGUUUAUGAUGACACAUUCACCAUCAUUAUAUAUGUCGCUUGCAUAAUCCUUAUCCUGGGAAUAAUCCUGUUGGCUUUGUUAAAGACCAGAGCUUGUACGAAUGCUUAUCAGGCCAAGGCAGCUUCGCCAGCCCAUUUAUCUGAGAAACUUAUGAUACCUCCAGCCAUGGAUCAUCAACGGUGCUGA